GACACUAGCCGCAGCCUGCUCGCUAUAAAAAGCAGCAGGGGACAUCUUCGCCACCUCUGCAGUCACACCCUGCGUCUGCAAGCCAUCACUGAUCAGUGUGGCAGUGUGGCUGUGAGAACGGAUAGUAGCACAUUGACAGCGAAACGUCAGGCCCUCGAUUGGCUGUAGCCGUGCAGGGGCAUUUGGUAGGCCCCCUUCGAACCAUCAGACUAUUUUCUUCGAACCCGACCUGCUGUCUUGUCUUUGCAGAUCUGCGUCAAACCGCUGCGGCGGAAUCGUGCACAACUUUGACCCUACGGCCCCCCCCCAUUUUGCUGGAGGUCGAUGGGCGCCUGUGUGGAUACAUUCUGUACACAAUGAGAGUUCUGUACGCGCUGGAAAAACUCGCUCCGCUCUGGCUCACAAAGAGCGGCAACACGAGAUGGAGUCAAGUGGAAUCCAUUGUCGCCGCCGGGCGCCUCGACUAGCUUCACGACUGCCAACAUGGCAGGACGGCCAACAUCACAAUGCACCGUCGGCAAGCCAGCGAGCCUACUCCACCGCCGCUAAGCCCCUGGUGUCAUUUUCGCACAGACGGCACGACCCUUUCACCCUUUGCACUGGGCCCUCUCUUGUGUCCAUUCCUGAAUAGGACCGCCCGGCGGCAACACGAUAGACAAUUAAGGAUGUUAGGCCUCUUGGGCGUUUCCGCAAGAUCUACACUACUAAAGUACAGGUAGCGAUCGUGUGCUCUAUUCUUAUGGCCCCCAGGUCCUGGAAGCUUUUGGACCCCUGUACCACCAUCGGCAGCCCUGUGCGUUUGUGCACCUGCGUGUUCGGGAGGGUGUGUGCCUGACCCUCGAUGGGCAUAUGCAAUAUCCCUGCUGAUGCGCCAUCGCGGAUCCUCCCCUGUCAACGCUGCCACUCUUUUUAUUCCUCACUGCCUCGCCCGCUUUCCCAGCCUGCUUACUUGUUGGACCUAUUCUGACCACUUCCCACCUUCGCUUGUCCUUUCUUGUCCUUUUUUCUGUUUUCCUCUCAUUCUCUGACAGAGACACAUCCGUUACUGUAUCGAUUGGUAAACUUGUCGCCGGCAACCUGUUCUACUCAGACUCUCGCUUGGAAUCCCAAUCCCCAGCCACCAAGAUAUCACUCGAUGCCCCGGCAACGCAUAUAAACAAAUUUGUGCAAAGAUGUUCCAAGACAUCUUCGUCAGGCUGCCCAAGCCAACAGCCCUCCUCAUCAUUUCUAGCCUCCUCGGGGCGACCUCAGCACACAUUCCUCGUCAGACACCCACAUCAGUUCCGUACCGGCCACUAAACGUUGUUGCGUACCCACCAAUCGCCGCUCCAACGUCACCACCGGUCGAUCUACCCACACUGAACGAGCUCCUCAGAAGACAGGAUACGAACACGAUAUGCGGCUACAUAGGAGGUGACCCAAACCUGCCUGCGACCUGUUCAGCGGGGUCCCACUGUGUGUUAGACGCAGAUCACGGCGCCGUGGGAUGCUGUCCAAACGGGGAGGAGACAUGUACCUCAGGUGUCUUCACGGGCUGCGUCGACCCCAACAGUGGGCCACAGACGGAGGUGAACCCAUACGUGUUCACAUGCACCGGCAGUAAUGUUUGCUACAAGAACAUCUUCGAGGGGGGCUACUCGCAGUUUGGGUGCGGCACAGCAAGUGAUCUGGCAACAUCUGUCUUAGCCGGCGCGGGAGGCGCGGCCGCCCCAGUCUCACUCACAAGUGAGCGCAUCAGCUUCACGCAGAGCCCCAGCAGCCUCGCCACACCAACCACGCUCGGUUCGGCCACCCGAAGCGACUCAUCAUCCUCCGGCUCGUCCUCAUCGACGGGGUCCGUCACCGACACAACGUCUGACGCCUCGUCCUCAACUACCACACUCACCUUCGUGCCGUCCACCACGAGCAGCAGCGACCCAACCUCCUCCGGCUCGGAGGAGACCUCAUCGAGCAGCACGGCGGGCAGCACCGCAGCACCAGCAGCAGACGGCGGCGGAGGCGGGGUGAACCGCACGGGGGCGAUCGUGGGCGGGACCAUCUCGGGCGUCGCAGUUCUCGCGGGCCUCAUAGCGGCGGGGAUCUACCUGUGGCGGCGGCGGGCGGCAGGCAACACUCGGAGCGGGCCAGGCCCGCGGCCGGGCGACACGCAGUAUGUCAGCCCCAUGUCGGGGGCGGGAUUCGCGCCAGUGGGCGGCGGGCGGGGCAGUCCCAACGGCGACGGGUCGCGGGGAGGCGCGGCGAGCGUCCGGGGCAAGACGAUCACGCACGUCACGGACGGGCCCAACUCGCGCAACACGGUCUUCCACACGGGCGAGUACCAGCCGCACCACAACGACUACCACUACCCCGGGCAGAACCCGGCGGCAUGGGCCGCGGGUGGCGCCGCGGCGGGAGCUGCCGCCGGUGCUGGUGGUGCGGCGGCGGCAUACCACGGGGCGUACGCGACGCCUCACGACGGGGAUGACGAGAUACCGCUGCGGUACGGGUCGCCUGAGAUCGACGACUUCUCGCGCGGGUUCCACGACGCGCUGAGCAGGAUCGGCGAGGAGGACGAGGAGGACCUCGAGUCGCAUGUCAAUGGCAGCGGCAUGCCUGGCACCAACAACACCGGCGGCGGCGGCGGCAGCGGGGACCUGGGCGAGUCGAGGCCGUUGUGGCUCCAGUCGCGACGGCUGUCCAGAAACCACAUGUGGACAUGAAGGAAACGAAUCGCCUGUACGAUGUGAUGUUUACGAGUUGGGCCUGUGGGAUUAUACACUUGAAAGGUCCAAAGCACUGGGCUUUUUUUUUAUAGACGACAUGAGCGAUGUUCCCACGAAACUACGGUGGCAUACAUGGGCUAUACCUCUACCUAAUAUCCAGGAUUACAUGUAUAUAGGUUUCAAUAUGACUGCAAAUACAACACACAUUCUCGGCCACAUUUGGUAUGUCCCCCAACGGGCGCCAAUGGUCUGGCACUUGGCAGUUGAUCGGCUACGACGCAACCAGCCAUUCGGUGAACUGUAAUUUACACACCUUUCGAUUGAGGCAUGGACGUCCGUCUUUAGCGCUGAGGCCGGCGUCUCAGCCGGGCAGUACGCGCAGGGGGGUUUGACAUGUUCAAGUCGAGAAUUGGAGGGACGUGCCAGCUUGUGUCCGUGUGUUACUCUAAUGAAGUAGAAUAAAGAGACAUCACAAGGCAAGAAUUGGAUCGUUAUCGUGAACUGUCAAGACCAGAAAGGCACACAUCUACAGUACACAUUAAU